AUGGCUGGGAACCAAGGGGUGCCGUACAAGAAGAUUCAGAACGCGCCUGCAGCUCUUGCGAAGCAGCCCCCAACUCGUCCACCAAGUGCGUCAGUUCAAGUUAGUCCCAUCAGGAACGCAGCUCCUUUCAUUGACAUGCGAGAAGUGUACUUUUUGGUGGCACACUUCCUGUCUGCUGGCCCGUGUGUCAAAGCUGCAGAGUUGUUGAAGCAGGAGCUUAGAGAGCACGACCUUCUGCCACGCCGCGGCCAUGCCUUCCACAGCAGCAGCGGGCAGCCGUCAGAGCUGGUGGGCGAUAAUGGGAGGACGCUUUCGGUGUCUUACGAGGAGGUGGCUGCAAGGCAUCCCAGCAUCAGCCAGGACCACCUGCGCAGGCUACUCCUUCAGCUGAUGCACACCACCGCGGCCGACCACAGCCCCCCCGACAGCCCCCACGAGCGAACCCUCACCGUUGCCAGUGCAAACACAAUCCUCGGUACGGGCCCCUUCUCGCUUCUCGAGAAGGAGCGCGCUGCUUCUCUCCAGCAGAAGCCCUUACCCAAGUGGCUUCGAUGGCCUAACAGCCAAGCAGGGCACGUGCUAGGGAUGAUGCUGAGAGAGAUCGGGGGAGGGUUCUCAGGCCCCACCAACCGGUUGCCUGCUCGGAAGGCGGGGGAGUACGCUCUAGGGCACCCUGCGCUGCUGGUGGAACGGAUGGAGCGUCUGUCCACUCUGAGGGGCCAUCGGAACGCUGUGUACUGCACGGUGUUCGACCGCAGCGGGAGGCUCGUGGUGACAGGCUCGGACGACUUUCUGGUGAAAAUAUGGAGCAUGAACACCGGGAUCUUGCUGCGCACGUGUAGGGGCCACACGGGCGACAUCACGGAUCUCACCGUGUCCGCUGACAACAAGUUCGUGGCGUCUGGCUCCAACGACCACUCCAUUCGCAUAUGGUCUCUUCCCUUUGGCAACCCAAUAUCCGUGUUGAAAGGGCAUGCCAACCCGGUGACAGCGGUCCAGUUCAGCCCCCGCCCUGGCUUUGAGCACCAGCUGCUCUCGGCGUCCGAAGACAACACGUGCCGCAUCUGGGACGCCCGCAGCUCCAAGGUGAAGCCGCAGGUAUACAUCCCGAAACCGCUGCCAGGUGCAGAGAAGGCCAAAACGGCUGCCAAGGACGAGAUCUUGGCGGCGAGCUACAACCCGGACGGGCGCUUCUUUGUGACUGGAAGCACUGACAAGAUGGCCAGGGUCUGGUCGACGCCCACGCUCCCCGAGUUGUUCCCCCUCUACUCGAUGCACGAGAUUGACACGCUGGCAGGCCACGAGAACCAGGUCAACUUCGUCCAGUUCAGCGGAUGCGGUCCCUCUACCGCGCCAGAACUUGCGUCCUCUUACGGCUCUGCCGGUGCGCGCAUAUUUAAAGUCGCUCCGCUCGCGGCGAACAUCGUCAGCUGCUCUAAAGACGGGAGCGCUAUCAUCUGGAUGCCCAAGAAGACGCACAGCAAGAUAAUGAGCUGGGUCAAGACGCACACGCUGAAGGUCCCCGAGCCCCCCGUCCCGCCCACAGUCAGGGGGCUCCCGCGCCACCCAUAUCCUACCCCCCGGGGCGUGAACAUGAUCGUGUGGUCGCUUGACAACCGGUUCGUCCUGGCGGCGAUCAUGGACUGCCGCAUCUGCGUCUGGAACGCGCGGGACGGCACGCUGGUGCACUCCCUGAAUGGGCACACUAAGGCGACGUACGUCUUAGACGUGCACCCCACGGAUCCCCGUAUGGCUCUCAGCGCCGGCUACGACGGGCGGCUGAUCAUCUGGGACCUCUGGGCCGGCCGCGCGCUGCGCACCUUCCAGCAGGCGGAGCUGGAACUGGUCGACGCGCGCUUCUCGCCGGACGGGACCGCGAUCAUUGCGUCCAACGAGAUCGGCGAGGUGUACUACUACGCCACCGGCUCGCCCGGCCAGCACCGCACCGCGGCCCCCGACCAGUUCUUCCUGGGCGACUACCUGGAGACGGCGGAAGACGUCAACGGCUACGUGCAAGACGUCACGAUGGACAUCCCGGUCCACUUGCGCAACCUCCAGGACCCGCUGUGCAACGCGCAGAUGGAGCCGUACCCGGAGCCGUGGCAGAGCGCGUACCAGGCGGAGCGCGCGCGCGCGUUCGGGGGCGCGGGGGCGCUGCUCGCGGCGGAGCUGCCCGUGCCGAUGGCGAGGAUGCCCACCCCCCAGGUGAUCUUUGCCGCGCAAGCCGCCGCAUCGCAGCCGCUCCGCCACCACGUGUGGACCAGCCACCACGCAGACGGGCCCCGCCUGGAACCCGCGCCGCUGCCGCCCCCGCUCUCGCAGCCGCCCCGCCAGCCGACUGUCUUCCGAGACGACUUUGAGGGGGACGUGGAGGAGGGAGACGAGGAUGACGAUUCGGGGUCGAUUUCCGAUAGUGACGACGACGGCAGCGGCAUUGCGCGGGCCACCCGAAGAGGUCUGCGCCCGUCGUCUCGCCGGGGGCGGGGGCUCUCGGACGGCGGGGAAUCGUCCGGAGGGUCCGGAAGGCGGCGGCGGACGGGCGAGGAAGCGCCCAGUACGUCCAGGUUCGGGCGGGUCAUCAAGAGGAAGCGCGACGACGACUACGAGAGCCUUCCGGAGGGAAGAGCCGACGAGCGGCACCCGCGCCCCGCGACGCGCCAACUGCGCCGGCGGCCGAAAGAAGACGACGACUGGGAAGACGACUCCGACACUCCCCCCUCUAGUUCCGACGAGGAGGGAAGCGAACCGGGCCGCCGGCCCAGCCGCAGGCGUCCGUCGGCGAGCAAAAACAAGGGGGUUUCGGAGGAUGAGACAGCGGGCGGCGGGGGGUCAGAAAUGGGCGGAGAAGAGGGGGCGGCGCGAUUGAUGGCUUGGCGCGGGGGGGUGGAUAUCGGGGGGAUCCCCGAGGGGGGACGACUUGGGGGGGUGCCCCUGUGGGCCGGAAAGAAGAAGCGCGGCGCGACCAGGGGGCAUGGAGGGGCGAGAAACGGGGAGGGGGGGGGCUCCCGGGGGUUCCGGUCGGUCGUGAACGGAACGGGGGAGAAGGCAGCGGAAAAGCAGGGGGGAGCAUUGGGGGGUGCGUCAAGAGGAGAGGGUAUGGGGGGUCCCGGACAACAGGGUCUGGAGAAUUUGGGAAACCAAAGUCCGGGGGGGUCGUGCUUUGGCGUUUCCGCGCAGCCGGGGAGCGGUUCCGCCAAGUUAACGCAGGAGGCGGGUUUGGCGGCGAAGACGGCUCCCGGUUCGGACGGCAAGAAGAAGAUCGUCCGGAUCCGGAUCAUCCCCCCGAAGGAGAAGGUGGGCAGCCAUCCGAUGUCGCCGCCGCAGAUGCCGGCCCCGAUAAACACCCCCCGGGACCGGAGUGGGGGGGAAGAGAACAAGGACGGAGCAGAGGGCGCGGAAAUGGGAGAGGCCGGGAAACUAGAGUCGGGAGAAAGUCGGCGUAUGUUGCAAUCUCCGGAGACGGCCCCCAAUUGGCCGCGCCUCGGGGCAAGAGCGAGUCCGAUCUCGAGACCGUCUACCGAGGCGAACCAACCGAGCGGUGCUAAGCUUCAGGGGGGGCCGCUCUUCCGGCCGCAAUUUGCCCCCCCGAUCGGUCUGCUCCCUCCCGGUCAACCUCUCGCCGGAUUCGCUCCGAACACGGGUGCUAAGAAGGCCAAGAAAGGCCCUGCGAAGCCGAAGAAGGACAAGAAAGCGGGGUCGGUGACGGCGGGAGGUCCCACGACAGGGCCUGGCGGUCAGCAGCCGGGUUUGGCAGCGGGUUUAGCAGCGGGUUCCAGAGUGCUAGGCGGAGCUCCAGCGCAAUCAAAUCACCCGCUCGGUCCGCAAGCCUCCAUGCCAAACUCGGCCGGUUAUCCGCCUAACCCACAAGCCCCACCGCCAAACAUGUCCGGGGGUUAUCGGCUUAACCAGCACCAUCCGAGCUUACAAUCGGUCGCCCAGCACCUCCAAACGUUGCAAACCCUUGUCAGUCAGGCGGAGACCCACCGCGCCUCGGACGGUUCUUCUAGUCUAGCGCCUCUCCAAUGGGCGGCGCAUAACCCAGCUUUCCCAAACCCUCAGGUUGCUCCGAAACCGGGUCAAGCGGCUGCCGUCAGGGGGGUUGAAAACCCACCUCCCUCGACCUUGCAAGCUUUAUUGAACCUCGAUAGCCAGCAGAGGAUGCACGGUCUCCCGGUUUCUCACACUCCCCAAGGCCUAAACACCGCCCCAGUCUACACCGAACCUCACCCCUCCUACGCCCGGGUGUCGAGCCGCCAAACCGGGUUAAGCUCAGGGUUGAAUUCGGGUCCUCUCGGAGACACAACUAAUUUCCGAAGCCUCCCACUGGCGCCAACUCCAAGCUCGGGCCCUGUUCCGCAGCAGCCCCUCCCUAUCCGUCGUGUUGUAACCCAACAACAGGCCGCCCAAUACGGCCUCCGCAACCAGUGGCAGGAACAACCGUCUGUGCAAGGCCUCUACGUCGGCGUGCAGCCGCAGAGUGACCGCAGUCAGGAUUGGAGAGGCCCUGUAAAUGCGGGUCCAGCCGCGCAGGCCGAGGAGUCGCAACGAGCUCCGCAGAGUUUCGACCCGGCCGUAACAGAGUCCUUGUAUCGGCCUAACCAGGGUGGGUACUCGGUGCAACCUAACCAAAGCGGUUUUCACCCUAACCAAGGUAGUUACCAGCAACAGAGUGGUUACUCCGAAGUUCGGUGGGGUAAUUAUGGACGGGAUCGGGGCGGCUUCGCUGCACAGUUCCCGCAGCAACGGCACACAGACACGGGUGGCGGCCUUGAGCAACUGCAAGAGGUAGCCUACCAAGGGAGUCAACAAUACGUCCCAGUAGGUUUGGCGAACUCCACAGCCCAAUUGUCCUCCUUGUUAGGCCUCCCCUCUGGCACGGGGACGCUGCGAGAGGAGGGACGAUAGCGACCUGCGUAAUGAAAAGUUCCUUUUAGGACAGAACGUUCUCAGGAGUAGCAAUGUUGGCCGUCAUUGAGAAUCACAUACGACCCACAUACGACCGUAUAUGAGAUGCGGGGAGAGGUGUUGUUAUGCGCGGUUGCGAAAUUGCUCUUGUGUGCCCGAGAAUGGGUUCAAGCCCAAGCAUCUCGCUGCAUGCAACGAAGUUGGUGGGCAAGGCAGUUGCAACGAAGAACACGAGUUCCAAACAAUUUGAAUACUUACCCGCAGAUUUAGUCUCGCAUGCCGAUCGGAUGUGGCCACAAGUUUUGGCACAGCGAUUUGCAUGUCAGCUCAUUUCAGUCGCGUACACGAUCUCUACAAUAAUCGAGUCCGGUCCUUG